UGACAAAAUGGAACCUCACCAGCAGUGUGAGGAGACCUGAAAGUGGCACAUGGCAGAGUGUGGCGAUGGAGACAGCAGCAAUGGGAGGCCGUACAGGGACCCAUGAGACACUCUGGACCUGGCAGCAGCAUGCGGAGGCGGUACAGGGGCCCAUGACAGAUUACGGACCUGGCAGCAGCAUGAGGAGGCGGCUGCCAAGUGCGAUCAGCCUCAUCAUCAUCAAUUAGGGUCUCCGCCUCACUACUAGCCCCGUGUGGUGCGUGUGGGUGCGUGUGGGUCAGGAGACAG